CGCUCGGUAUCAGUACGGAAUUGGCACGUCCAGUCGUACAUUGCCACGGCUAGCCCGACAGCGUCCACGUCCUACGAUGGCCCAGGAGCAAGAGGUGAUGUUCAAUGGAGAACUCUGGAUUGAUUCAAUGCACCUGUGAGAUAUUUGUCAGCGGGAGCAUUCCCAUUACGUACGCACAUUGUUGCCUCUACUUCUCGAUCAUUCGCAUGGACUCGUAUAGAACGGAUUGGCUUUUCAAUAUUGCGAGUCGUUCUGCGCGUAGCGCACGACAGCAUCAUUUUCACCUGGCCCAGUCGUUUUUAGUGCCUUGUGUUAAUGAUCAUGCUCAAACAACGCAUUUGCUGCAAGCUGGUGAUCUCUCGGUCUCAGCACUCUGUGCAAUCAUACAAGCGUCUACCAUCACGCUAGCGCUGAACUGCCAUCGAACAACAUGGAAAUACAUGUGUAGCAUCACCUGAACGUUUGAACCCUCAACUUCUCUUUUCUGCCUCACCUGAGCCUGAGCUUCAUUCACAGUCCCCAUAUCCCCACACACCACCUAACCCAUCCUCGAUCCCUCCCGUUUUGCUUCAUCACCAUGCCCGGCAGCUUAGAAGGCCGAUAUAUCAAACUCGAAGGUAAGUCGCUCCAUACCACCUUCGUAUCUAUUUCGUAUCCUCACUCCCUAUCUACAGUUAUCAGCGGACAAGAUUUUCAGGUU